AUGACCGCAGCCAUGCUCCCUAACUUAGUUCUCCAACUUCGUGAAGAGUUUAUUCUACUGCUUACUACACUUGAGGGCGCGAAUACUACCCUUAACCAUACGUAUUUAGUUGAACUUAUCUUCACAUUGGUGAACUUUGAUGCUUUCCUGCGCCCUGAAGAACGUGAUGUGUUUAUGCGUGCUUCUGAUAAGCUUCUUGGUGACUUAAUAAAUGAACUCAAGAGGAUCAGGGAAAUUCGAAAACGCCUGGAAGAGAACAAAGUGUUCCUCACUGAGAUCAUAAAGCGUUGUGCCUUGUUACACGAUAUUUGCGAAGAGAAACUGGACAAGAACUAUGAGCUGGCGGCAAGUCUACUCCACAAUGAUAAUAAAAGACUCAAUAGCGCUAAAUCAGAUCCGAACGUUAAUCCUAGUGGAGUUAUUCCCCCGCGUGCUCAUAUGACAACUCAUUCGAGUGAUGGCAGUUUUAGCGACAUUAAGCAGCGUCCGUGCUCUGCUGCCCAAGCUCAUAUCUCUCAAUACACCACAGCAAUCCAUCGCAAUUUUCCACAAGGCUUACUUCCAACGGCGAAUGCGUUUGACAAUGCCUCGAUGCAGAAUAAUCUCGUGUACAACAUGAUGUUCGCAACAUACCAGGCCACGAAGGAGAGCUUCCGUGGUAGCGUGGCGCGCCAAUUCGCGUCCGGAUUGUCGAUCGAAAAGAGUAAUUUUACGGGAACCGCUCAAUCUUGCCCGGAUAAGGCCACAUCUAAUGUUUACACGAAUCCAAAGCGCGAUGACAUCACCGGGUCUACGCUGCCGCGUCAGUAUCUUGAGCCUCUGCCGUUUAAUCUGGUCUCAAACGCCGCCAAUGCUGAUCAAAUGCAUUCUAAUUUCAGUGGAUAUGCUCUUUCUGAUGACAGAUUCCUAGCUGCUCUGUGUGACUCUUCCUUCUUUGCUGAUUUUGGAAAGCUGCAAGGUAAAGGAGGGGAUGCAUCUCUCACCUUGAUGGAAUCGUGCGUUUUCUCGAUGGGAAACGCUUGGGAGAAGUGUUUGUGGGAUUUUUUGAAUGGCGUAGCUUUUGUGGAUGAUUUAUUGCUAGUAGAUGCACUUCUUUCUAUGCACAGCGAUCUCCCCUUAGCGUCGGAUCGCAAUACUCGAGGAAAUAACUUAGAUGUUUUGACAACACCGCAAAAGUUCCCAGGUGUGCUGAUGAAUUUCGUUGGCCAACAAUCAACAUCGCCAAUUUCUCCCCAUUUGCUUGUGGCAGAGGCGGCGGCAGCAGCUGCGAAUACUUCUACCGCGGUAUGGGGGAAAACCAACAGCUUUAACGUUACCAACUCUAUCCCCAAAGUCUGGAAACCGUCCAGCUCAGAGGCAACCUAUGGGCUGCUGUCCGUUCUCGGUGGAGUAGAGCCUGUUCGGUGGGAGUUUUGGGCUGUUAUGCAGGCAGUUUUCACAGUCUUGAUGGAGGAGCUUUUGGGGAAGAGACCCUCAGAUAAGAGCGAUGCCUUAGGCACUAAAAACGUCGCUGCCGAUGAUGGGCAUCUGGGUGGGAGGAACGAAAAUCUACAUCAACCAAGAGAAGGUAAGCAUCUCGUAAACAACGCGCGUAGUGAAAGGAAAGACGUUCGCAACUCUCAAUAUGUUCAUUCGUCGGAGAUGCUACGCGAGAGGUUGGAAUCGAAAGGCUGUUCACCAUUUGAUCAGGAUCUUUCCACUAGUGUCCCUGUGAAUGAUGAAUACGGUACCACAACAGCAUCAGUGCAUAUAUCCGGAUCUGGAAUUGCGCACCAAACCGACCCUAUAGGUGGUGUUCAUCCGCCUUCCACGGCGGCACUAGGCUUGCUGAAGAAUGUUUUCUGUCCUAGCCUCUGCUGCUAUGCAGUGGGUGCCCAAAAUUUCAUGUCCGCAGCGCCGCUUCUGGCAACACGCGCCGCAACGACUGCGUUUGCCUCUACUGUUUCCACAGCUGUUGCAUCAUCUGCUGAGGUUCCUCCGCGUUUGCAGGCACCAGAAGCUGAUACGGUUUUCGAACCAAACCAUCCCUCCGAGACCCCUGAUGCAAUGCCAGGUCCAUCCAGCGGACAAGACCAGAACAUGUGUGAAAAUAUCGGCAAGAUGGUAACGAGAACGUGUUCACAUUCAAGUAUGGAUUCAUUCAAUAGUCUUCCCCACCAUAGUUACACAAGCUUGACGAUACCGGCAAGUCCAACGCUUUCAUUAAACCCGGGUUUGUUUACAUUUUCGACUGAUGCGGGGAUACUGACAGAAAAUUCGGAUGAUGAUGCUAGUCACAAAAAUGUAAACAUUCGUCCGGUGGAUGUUCUUGUGCAUGCAUUCAUUACCGCUAUUCGUUCUCAGCUCGAGCAGUGCACACCAAUUUCUCAAUGCUCGGAUGCCCUUGAUGGAGCUUACGAGAAAAUCGAGACAACCUCCCCACACAAGGACCAAACCCAUCAAGUUAUGAAGGAACAUGUGCAUGAAACUACCCCUACAAUGGCACAGGAUACGGGCAGCCGUUCUUUGCCUUCUUUGCACAUCGGUAGCUGCCACGCUGUGGGUGACCUUAAAGGGCUUGCGGACCGCGAUCAAACAACUGGGGCAUCCGCAAACUACGUGAAGAGGGGCUGCUCCGCCUCAACGGGGCCCACCGUGUGCGGUCUAGGCUGUGGGUUGCCGUCUUUGCACGGUGCGCAGCGAGAACGAACUCGCAGUGGGAUCUCCCUCGUGUCUUCCAUGAGCGGCGUCCUGGUCAAACUUCUUGACGACAUCAAUGCCUCUAUUACAACAACACGGUCCAUGGAGGAUCAACUCGAGGGCGAGGUCACGUUACUCACCUUCAGAGUUGUGAGCACAAUCGUGGAUUGGCUGAUCCCAGCGGUGUAUCUUGUGGAUAUGCGCAUAUGGCUAUUCUAUCGAAAGUGGUUAUGCGGCUUAUAUCGAUUUCUUCAACAGGAAGGGCUCCUGGAACGAUUUUCCUCCAUGCUAAAUCGUCGUGUUGGCUCGUGUAUGGUGAGUCCGGAUGAGAACCUAGAUGCAAGUUUUGCGGUAAAAGAGACUAAUGAACCAGAAAUGGAAGGGAUUGAGCGGCCUUUAGAUGAACAUGAGGGGUGUUCAGACUCUCAGGGCAAUCCUAACCUGCAUCAUAAAGCUAACUCAGUUGGUGAAACGACACCCAAACCGUUGACAACAUCGGAAAAGGAAGUAUUUCAAGAUAGUUUGCCAGCUAAUGCUUCACAUAUAAAGUUCAAUAGUAAGCAUUCUAAACCUAAGAAUUACUCUGCUCAGAGUGAGCCCUGCUGCAUUGCGAGCGACGGCAAUGACUUCAAAUCUUUACAUAGUGCAAAAUUGAAGCGGUCUAAAAAGCAGCGUUCUGCGCAGCAGCAGCCACCACCACCACCACCACAGCCUUCUGAAAAAAAACCGGAAAGAUCCAGCAGGAGCAUUUCCAACCCCAUUAAAACGGAUAUCUUUUCCCCAGGUUCAACCACACGUCAGUCACACUUGAAAAUCAGUAGCAAAGCAGUCUCCACGGCGGAGCGCCCCACUGAGCAUGAAGGUCUAGGCACCAGGCCUGCAGUAUCACUGAGGGUGACACCUACGCUACAUUCUAAGGUACAUGAGCAACAUCAUUUACAUAAACCGCAUCAUCAGCAAGCUCUAUCGAGGAAGAAGUCUAGGAAUACUGCCGAGACAAGGAUCUCAAGACCUUUGUCGAACCUGUUGAAACCCUUGGCAAAGUCUGGCACCAAGGGAAAAGCAAGAGACCCCGUCAAUAAUGGUGACCCUAGCACCAGUGAGCAGUCCAUCGAGUUGUCCGUAGCUCUAACGAGUUCUGUUCAUACUGAUACGUGGCUUGAUAGCAGGGACGCAGUGCAGCUGACCAAAAAAUCAACUAACUUUUUCUGGCAGAGUGACCCAACGGCGCUGGUGGUUCCGGGCUGUGGUCUUCUGCUACGACAGCAGAUCCAGAGGGGCUACCCAUGGGCCUGCUCUAGACAGGUCGAAACUAGUGUGGGACGGAGCAAAGCUGGCCUACCAGAAACAGCCCUAGCCGCAGCGGCCACGGCGGCUCUGCUGGACAAGGGUACUAAGAUGCCAUUUCCCAGAAAUCAUAUGCUAACCCGUCUUAUUGCAGCCAUGGUGCGAGGCAUGGAAACCGAGGCGGUGCGCUCACUGCUUAAUGCCUUCACUGGUCCUGCCCGCGACCCUCCCUCUCGCUUCGCGAAAGAUGGGGCUGGUGAAGCCCAGAAGAUUGAUGAUCAUGAGAGCCGUGCCACCAAACCCCUCACAAGCAGGGAUUACGACACAAGGAGAAUUUCAAGCGACACAGACACUGCGAACAGGCCCAUUCACUUUCAGCAUAUGAAUUUGGCUACCACGCAGAACUCACUGAGUUUGCCAAAUUCACCUGCUUCGCGUCAUUUCGAUGGGGCUACCGUAUUCACCCCACUCGUGGAAGCGUACCCUGGUGUUAAUUUUCCCGCAGUCUUCACAGGGCACGAAAAGAGUGGUCCUGUUGGGGAAACAUCCGCAGGCAUACGAGCACCUCGACCAGCGUUGAAUCAGGGUGAGGGUCCUGGGCUGGUACAUCAUCAUCGCUUUCGAUACCCCGUUAUUUGGGACUACGACGAUGUUGUGACCCUCUAUAUGAAUACCCUGCACGAUGCCGAGGCUAUGUUGUCUCCUCACGAUCCCAUCCGCGCAGCGCUAGUGGAGAAUACUGUUGGGUAUAUGUGCCUAGAGAGCAAAAACCUUCGGCUGGCGCUGGAAAUUUUGGAGCAUUACCUGGACGAUGUCAGUGAAGAGCGUGUGCAGGAACCUGUCACAAAAUUGGUGGCAUUAGGGCGAGCCGACGGUACUGUGGCAGUUUCCGCAGGCCCAAAAGGUACUCCCCUUUCAGCGCGACCAACAUUAGGUGAUCCCAGAACCUCCCCCAAGCCACUGAUUAACCAACCUAGCUUAGCCACCAGGAAGCCAAUAUCUCCUUUGAUCGCAGACCCAUCGGCGUCCAGGCCUUUCUCAUUGACAUUCCCUUUUCCUAAUAAAUUUGAGUCUGACUCUACGACACUGGCAAAUUCUGGUCCUACUAUGGCAGAAAAUUUUGGCCAUUUUCCCACACCCGCUCCGUCGACACAACCCAAGCAGCUGCAGGAGGUACCACAGGUGGUGCCAUCGUGGGAGACGACCGUUGAGAGAGACCAAUUCAUAUACAUCCUGAGCCACCUUCGACGUGCUCAUGAAGAGUUACAGCGUCGGGUUGACGUUGUAUAA